GUCACAUGUGUGUGAGGAGCCAAAGCAGCGCCCCACCAGCCCUGAAGUGCCAUUUCUUUCUCACUUUAAGAACUUUUUUGCAAAGUCCAAAGCUGUGGAUAUGAGGAUGCUGACCAGUCUGGCCCACCCAUGAAAUCUGAGCGGCCUUCAUUUGAGACCAUCUGUGGCUGAACUACGACAGACACCAUGGGGAACUGUGGCUCUUACGACUCUGAUGGUGAAUUCUCCUACCACCCUGACGAUGACAUCUGCGAACACUGCAACUGCCCGAUUCCUCCAGGCAACCAGAUGUUUGAUACCAAAGUUCCAUUCUCAAACUCCAACUACACGCCUCCACCCACCUCACCGUUACCAGAUAACUUGGUGGUGGCCUUGUACAGCUAUAUGCCGUCCCACAGCGACGACCUGGGCUUUGAGAAAGGAGAGAAGAUGAAGAUCCUGAACGCAGAUGAUCCAGAAUGGUACAUGGCAGAGUCUCUGUCCACGGGACAGAGGGGCUACAUCCCGCGCAACUUUGUGGGCAAACUCAACAGCAUGGAGACAGAACCCUGGUUCUUUAAGAACCUCUCCAGAAACGAUGCCAUGAGGCACCUGCUGGCCCCGGGAAACACGCAAGGCUCCUUCCUGAUCCGAGAGAGUGAGACCACACCAGGAAGUUUCUCUCUGUCUGUGCGCGAUUUGGACCACACGCAGGGUGACGUCAUCAAGCACUACAGAAUCCGUAACCUGGACGCCGGCGGCUUCUACAUCACCAGCAAAAUCUCCUUCACCUCACUGUCUGAGCUGGUCAGACAUUACUCCCGAGAUGCUGACGGCCUGUGCACGCGGCUGAUGAAGCCAUGUCAGACGCGAAUGCCCCAGAAGCCGUGGUGGCAGGAUGAGUGGGAGGUGCCACGAGAGUCUCUCAAGCUGGAGAGGAGGCUGGGCCAGGGCCAGUUCGGGGAGGUGUGGAUGGGCCUGUACAAUAAUAACCGGAGGGUGGCUAUUAAGAGCCUGAAGCCAGGCACUAUGUCCAUCGGGGCCUUCCUGGCUGAAGCCAACCUGAUGAAGACUCUUCAGCACCCGCGCCUCGUCCGCCUGUUUGCUGUGGUGACACAGGAGCCCAUCUACAUCAUCACUGAGUACAUGGAGAAAGGCAGUCUGGUGGAUUUUCUGAAGACUCCAGAAGGAUCGAGAUUGCAAAUCAACACCCUGAUCGAUAUGGCUUCCCAGGUGGCAGAGGGAAUGGCCUACAUAGAGCAAAAGAACUACAUCCACCGGGACCUGAGGGCAGCUAACAUUCUGGUGUCUGAGGAACUCAUCUGCAAGAUCGCCGACUUCGGCCUGGCCCGCCUCAUAGAGAAUAAUGAAUACACUGCCAGGGAAGGUGCCAAAUUUCCCAUCAAAUGGACGGCUCCUGAGGCCAUAAACUACGGCACCUUCUCCAUCAAAUCAGACGUGUGGUCUUUCGGAAUCCUGCUGACUGAGAUUGUGACUUACGGGAGAAUCCCUUACCCAGGAAUGACCAAUCCAGAAGUGAUCCAGAACUUAGAGAACGGAUACCGAAUGCCCCGUCCAGACAACUGCCCAGAGGACCUCUACGCCAUCAUGACCAAGUGCUGGACUGAACACCCAGAGAACCGGCCCACCUUCGAGUACCUGCGCAGCGUGCUGGAGGAUUUCUUCACCGCCACAGAGCGGCAGUACCAGGAGCAGCCCUGCUGAGGCGCAUCCACGGCCUUCCACUUCUUCUAGGAACUCUUAGGACACCAGAGGAUGCUGAAAGAAACGAUGCUAUCAAUUUUUCCCUUCCUGAAAUUCACUUCAGUGGGACCAUAUGUGCCGUGUAUAAACUGGAGAGUGACGGAUUGUUCUGCAGAACUUGGCAGUAACCGUACGUCUGUGGGUGGGCGAUAUGACUAUGUUAUUAUGGUAAAUCAUGCCACAGUGUGCAUUCAUUAACAAGUCUCUUCCAACUUGUUAAACCUUAAGAAACGAAACAUUGGGAUAUUCAGGUAUGGCAACAUUCCAUUUUUGUCAUUAUCGCCUGCCCCAAGCCAAAAUUCACAAUUACUUUUUAAGAUAUAAAAUAGUUGCUAUAAUUCUACACCAUCAUUAUAAGACCCAACUUUUCAAGUAGCUUUUGUAAAUGACAUGCAAAGGUGCAUCUUCGCAUUUAAAUAUGUUUCAUUUUUGCUGUGACUGUGCUACAAAACUUCCAUCAUGGAUUUCUUGAGAAGCUUCUUCAUAACUCUGUAACUGUAAGGCCUGGAAAUGUAUGGAUCUUCAGGUAUUUUCCUUCUCUUUAAAGGAUUUUCUAGUUGUUUCUUCCAGGGUAUGAUUUUUCUAAGCUGUAUUAAAUUGCCUGACCUUUUAAAGUUAAAACUAAAGGUUUUCUGUUUGGUUUA